GAACCCCUUUAUUGAUGAUGUUGGUCUUGGUCAGUUUCUCCUUUUUCUCUUCUGCAAAGAACUGCACCAACUAAAAAACCUUUUUUGAGGUUGUUUGGUUUUUUUCCAAUCCUUAAGGAAAGGAAAAAAGCAGCUUAAACAAAAAAGUUAGUCAUGUCAGGUUUGUAUAAUCAGAACUUCUCUCAUGCUAGAGCAGCUUCUCCUCAGAUUAGACCCAGCUCAGAAGUUGACAGUCAGUAUCUGUCAGAGUUGCUGGCAGAACAUCAAAAGCUUGGACCUUUUCUGCAAGUGCUUCCUAUAUGUAGCCGCCUCUUGAAUCAAGAAAUAUUAAGAGUUUCUGGAAUGCUGUCCAACCAAGGUUUUGGUGACUUUGAUAGACUACAGCAUAGAAGUCCUAGUCCUAUGGCUUCUUCAAACCUCAUGUCAAAUGUCUCUGGGACAGGAAUGGGUGCAUGGAAUAGUCUUCAGCAGGAGAGAUUAUGUGGACCCCCUGGAAUGAAUAUGGACUGGCAAAGUGCACCUGCAAGUCCUAGUUCAUUCACUGUCAAGAGAAUAUUACGCCUGGAAAUUCCAGUAGACACAUUCCCCAAUUUUAAUUUUGUUGGAAGACUUCUGGGACCUAGAGGCAAUUCUUUGAAACGGGUAGAAGCUACUACUGGUUGCCGCGUGUAUAUUAGAGGAAAGGGAUCAAUAAAAGAUCCGGAAAAGGAAGACAAAUUACGAGGAAGACCAGGCUAUGAGCAUCUCAAUGAAAAUCUACACAUAUUGAUUGAGGCUGAUUUACCUGCCAAUGUUGUUGACAUAAGGCUCAGACAGGCUCAGGAAAUCAUAGAAGAACUGCUCAAACCUGUGGACGAGUCACAAGACUUUAUUAAGAGGCAGCAGUUGCGCGAAUUAGCUCUGCUGAAUUCAAAUUUCAGAGAAGAGAGUCCAGGGCCAAGUGGCAGUGUGUCCCCAUUCAAUUCAAGCGGAAUGAAACGUGCGAAGCCGGGUCGCUGAAAUGUGUCCUUGAUGGUGUAUAUGAAUGUUGUGGUCCUCCAGCUAUUGAUUGCUGAUAAUAUAUUCCAGUACAUGUCUCAUUCAAUGCAGCUAUGGAAAGAAAGAAUAGGCUAACAAUUCUUGCUGGUUAGCAUUCUGGUGGGUUUUCCUACCUUUUUCUUGAACAUAAAGGAGACAAAGCUGGAAUGAAGAAUUUCUAAAAGAGAAAAUUUUAUAUAGUUGGGUAUUGAAAAUAGGUUUUGUUCAAAUCAACCCCUUUCUUCUUUUUUUUCUCCUCCCUUUUAAACUCAAUACAUUCAUUGGAUUUAUUCUUGAGUCAGUUACUUUUGAGAAGUGUGGAAUAUAUAUAUUAUACAUAUGAUGGUGAUGGUAAAAUUUUAGGCUUUAAGAUGAUGAAGUCUUGUUGGCAUGUGUCAUAUGUCAUGGUAUUUUAAUAUUUAUGUAAGUUAGCAUAGGCUGGAUUCUUUUUAGUUGUUUGUCACAAGAAUUUGUAUUCUCUUCUGAGAGAUAUGAAUUGUAGUUGGAGUGAUGUUUAUCAGAUGAACACCUUACCAUGUACCAAGGAAAAAAAAAGGUUGUAUUUUGUUUGUAUACAAUGGUACUAUAAAUGUUCUGCAAAUUAUUUUAGAUUUUCUGUCUUUUUUUUAUUGGAAA